GCAUCUCAGCCCAAUGGUUCAGGGUUCGUAUGACCUCCAGCUUGUGCUCUAGUGGGUGAUGAGAGUCAUACAGCAAGUAUUGACCGGUGUGUAUAGGUUUCUCUGUACACCUCAAUGUUGAGGCUUUUGUCUUCUUCACUGUGUACUGUAGUCCACAUGGUACAGACUGUCUCCUCUGACAUCUUCUCAUCGGAACUUGAUGUUAUUGUCUACAGCAUUUCUAUUUUCUGUGAAGGUGUCCACCUCCCUCGCUCUGAUUUUGAACCAAUCAGAGCCAGCUCAGUUGCCUACAAUACAGCACUUUGGACUACCGUGACCUGGAUGACUGAGAACCUUCAUCAAUAAACUACAUGCAGUUCAACUUUUACUAAUGAAGCAAAUGAAGGAGUCUAAAUCAUGGGCACAUCCCAUACAUAUAGUUAUAUGUACAUAUAUACAUCUCAUUGCUGCAAUGUACAUGCUGUCAUUAGACUGAUAAUACCAGCACCAGUGUAUGAAUAACACAGGUUGAGAAAUUAUGACCUGCCAUAUUGCCAUGGUGAUUAUUUUCUCUAGUCCUGCAAGACACACAUUUAUACUGUGUUUAUGGUUUCUUCAAAGUCUGUCUUUAUACCUGUUUAAUGUGUAUAGAAAUCUUUUGCAAGAGAUAAUCUGGAGCCUUGUCAAAUGCAACCAAAUAUGAUUUUACUAGUUGGUGUUUUUUGUUGUUGUUAAAAACGAAAUCACUAACAUGUACUGUACAAGGCCUUUUCAUCAGUUGUGUUAUUAAGAAUGUUGCAAGGUGUUAAUGCAUGUUUGCAAGGCGAUACUGUAACAUACUGUACCUGUUGAUAAAGACAUGUAAAUGGUUAAAUCUAGUUACAUAUCACAUUACCCAUUAACACCUAACCAAACUAGGAUGGGCUGAUUUUGUCAGUAUUUUUGGAGCCAGUGUCUCAUAAACAACAAGAAAUAACCGGGGCUUACACAAAUGAGAUGUGUUUCAAGUGAUUUAGAAACUGUUACUCCAUUAGAUUGUUUGUCCACCAGGGACCACUGAAAUUGACAUUUUUCAACUGUGUAAUUCUUCUGUUAGAACAUAUCUAGUUUUUAUUUAAAAGGGACCCCUCUCAAAACAAUGUGAGGGGGAUAUGGGAUGUGAUUAAAGAAAAAAGCAGAGAAGAAAUCAUCUCACUUGAUACUGACACACCGCGCAGACAGAUAUUCUGUCGUGAAGUACCACGGUUGCUCAGUGUUUUCAGACCUGUGCUCCGCCCCUCAGCUGUGGCUACUGUAUUUUUCUGCUACGUAAAAAGGGGCGUAGUAUAUUUACGUAGGAUGUGCAGACCCGGCCGGUGGCACACUCGCAGUCCCGUGCCGGGUGGUAGAUGGUGCACGAAAAGCAAGUAUCAUAGCUAAUACUGUAUUACUUUAUGGCGUCCAUUAAACGAUAAGCAUAUAACGCCACACUCAGUCGCCGAUAAGCUUUAUGAGCGUUUUCCAUCGAAUACUGCACGGAAAUGGACAGUGUUUGUGAUACCGCGGCGCGGAGAUUUCUGGACAGAGAUGAUGUAAUUUGUCACCUUUAACGUAAGCUAACGUCAGCUAACUCACACAUUAAGCUAAGUGUUACAUUUUCCUAAUACUAUAUUUUGUUGAAGUGGGCGAACUGUAAAAUAUGCGUAACUCGUUUUUGAGACACGUCCGUCGGUUCCCCUGGGUCACCAACGUGACACUGUACGGCUGUCUGUUCGCCGGAGGGGACUUCGUCCACCAGUGGUUCUCACAGAAGGACCAGAUCGACUGGAGCCACACACGGAACGUCGCCGUUAUCGCUUUCAGUUUCCAUGGUAACGCCAAUUUCUUCUGGAUGCGGUUCCUCGAGCGGAAGUUCCCCGGGAAUUCAGCCAGGAUGGUGGUGAGGAAGCUGCUGCUGGACCAGACCACAGCGGCACCCGUGCAUACCAGCGUCUUCUACACAGGUGUCAGCUUCUUGGAGGGCAAAGAGGACAUCACGGAAGACUGGAGAGAAAAAUUCCUCAACACAUAUAAGACAGGUCUAAUGUUCUGGCCAUUUAUGCAGUUUCUGAACUUUACCUUGGUGCCUCUGUACGUCCGGACCACCUUCACCGGCUGUUGUGCCUUCAUCUGGGCCACCUUCCUUUGCUUCUCACGUCAGAGUGGCGAUGGCACAGCUGGUGCUGCUCUUGCAUGGUUGUUCCCUCCUAAAGAGGAUGAAGCAGAAUCUAAGGAGAAGAAAGAUGCUCCCCAAGAGGCAACAGUUGCAUCAAAACCUAUUGAGAAAUUAAAUGUGAAGAGUCAGUGAUAAUGAAGAGGGGGACAAAAUGGAAAGACAAAAAGCUGUGCACUAAACAGGAGACAGCUGGUCCAGUGCGGUUCUGUCCCUGGCUGAUGUUGCACCAUCACUGCCAGGGUUUGAGUUCAAAGUCUCACUGUGCUUAAACUAAAAAUGUGUGUCCUCAUGAUGUCCUCUAUGGUGCUUUAAGAAACAUUGAGCAAAUGGAAUGUAUAUACAGCAUAUUUUGCAAUAUUCAUACAGCACAUCACCUCCAUGGGGAAAUGCAAUUCCAACUUUUCCAUCGCACAGUGAACCAUCACCAUGCUGCAUUUGGUAUCAGUUUUUGUUUUUAUAAAUGCAGUCUUAUCUUAUGAGAUUUAGAAGUAGAAUAGCACUCAGUAGAGUGCAUACCUUUGCCAAGUCCCAAUAGUCCCCGUUUACUCAAUCAAGCCCAAUCCAGUGUCAAAAAAAAAAAAUUUACUACACACAUUUAUUUGGAGCUGCAUCAAAUUGUAAUUUCUCAUAACUCAGAAAUAAAUUCCCGGAUCCGUUCCUCUAUUAAGAAAGUAAUGGGGUCUAUUCUGGGCCGAGACCCCUAACCCAAGUUUCAUUGAAAAACUUUAGCAGUGGUAGUACCAGUAGUUUUUGUGUUAUCCUGCCCACAAAUCAACCAACAACAACAAAUGUACCCAGGUGAAAAAAUACCUAUAUAUGAUACUGGGAUGAUUUAUGAGGACUUAUCUAUCUAUGAUGGGAGCUGUGAUGAUGGGAAAAUGUAAGGGUGAUGUUACAGAGUCCUCUGCUUCACAUGAAAAUGAAAAACUUGAACAAGAGUGAAAGAAUAAUUUCCACAAUGUGGAGUGGCAGCUAAUGAACUACCGUAGCUUAGACUUUGAACUUCUCAACAUCAUAUCACUUUCUCUUUUUUAGCACAUGUGCUGAGACUGUUAUCUGUGAGCAUGACAGAGUGCUUGAUAUCUAAGGACUGCCUCCUUUUGUUCCAGUUUAGACUCGUGUACAGUGCAAGAAGUGCCAAAUGUUAAUGUUAACUCCAAAUAUAUCUCCAAAUAUAUCUGUUAUUAAUGUGUCAGUACAUUCUUUAUACAGGACCACAAUGAGCUAAGACAACAGGAGAUACAAUUUACAAUAGUUUCCCAGUCAUUUAAGACUCAAACACUAAAACAUAUCUGACAACACAUUUUUGAAUUCAACAUUUUGACCAUCAUCCCUUAACAUUUCUGUAACACUGUAACGAAUUACUACUGAAGUUAACCUCGACUUUGUCUGAUAAUAAUAGAUGAAGGCUGUCUCAAACAUCCAUUUACUUGAAUGUGGAAAUGCUGCCUGCCUGUUGUUGUACAUUAUUUUAAUGUGAUACCGCGGAGCGCACUCUGUUGUCUCUCAAGAGUUCUCUUUGCCCCAUCUCCUUACUCUUCAUACUGUUUGCUAUUCUAACCAAUAUAAAUCUUACCUCUUUGUCACAAUGUUUAUAGGUUUCCUUGUCUGCAGUAAUUGUUGAAAUGUAACGUCAGAUGCCUCCUUAUCAUAAAUAGAGUUCAGCUCAGAGCAAGGGCUGACUUUUAUUCCUAUAUAUAGAAUUCACAAAGUGUUAGGCCAAACUUAUCUCUUUCAUCUCAGAGAGAUAAUUAACAAAAAUCUAUUUUCAUUCACUCAUGUUGCUAUGUAUUUCUGAAAUUCCUGGUGUCAUAGAGAGAUGUGUCUUUUAUUUUUCUCUUAUGGUUGAGUCUCAAAUGUAGUUUGCAUUUGAGACGCUGUGUGAUUAUGAUUUUGAUCUGUCACAUUACAGGAUUAAUACAAUGAAUAAUAUAUUAAUAAUACUACAGUGUUUGAAUUAGGGUACAGAAAAGCAGCUGUUCAUCCCUUUUAUCAGACAUUAAAUUGCAUCUAAAAGUAAAAUAAGUUGUUAUUAGUGUAGUGUUAGAGUGUUUGUUUCUAAUUAUGAUUGAUAUACUGAUGUGUUGCACUGGAACUGAAGGCUUAAAACAAUGAAUAUUCUGUCUGUUCAUAUCAUCAAAGGAAGACUGGGUAAUAUUACUAAAGGUCGGCCUGUUACUUUAAUACUGUCAGACAUUUCUUAGUGAUUUUUGGACUAGUUUUGAUAACACUACUGGUCAAUGCUGAUGACUGUAAUGUACUGAAACAUUGGUUUGAUCACAGCUUGCACUUUAGUUGCACACUAACUGUGGUAGAGAUAAAUAAUAUAUAUUGUUGAAUAAAUUAUACCCAUCCAGAUGA